AUGUUUGGCAGCGGGUCCAAGCCAAGCUUAGGCUUGAGUAUCAGCACGUCGGCCGCGAACGCUUCAAAUCCAGCCGGCACAGCUUCAAGUCAACCUGCUGCAGGCUCAUUGUUCGGAGGUUUUGGUUCUACGACUACAUCGCAAUCACAACAGCAAGGUGGAUUGUUUGGCAGCGCAUCGUCUCAGCCAGAGUGGAGGCUUGUUUGGUUCUACAGCAUCACAACCAGCUGGUGGCGGUCUCUUGGGCUCGACAACAUCUCAGCCAGCCAGCACUGCAUUAUUUGGAGCAACAUCAUCACAGCCAGCCAGUGGAGGACUGUUUGGAAUGGUGGACUUUUCGGUGCCGCCGCAUCAAAACCAGCCUCCAGCGGCGGCCUCUUCGGAACGGCUGCAGGGCAGACUGCUCCAAGUAGUGGUCUGUUCGGAUCAACUUCACAAUCAACACAAGGUGGAGGGCUCUUUGGUACUGCUUCCUCACAGACUGCACCAAGUGGCGGUCUUUCUGGGGGGGAUUCUUCCCAAUCCUCACAGGCAGGUGGCCUGUUCGGCGCCAUGCCCUCCCAGCCAAGCCAAGGUCUCUUCAGCAAACCUCAAGCACCACAAGCGGGUAGCCUUCUUGGUGGAUCCAACCAGGGCGGUGCCUCUCAGCCAGCAGCAACGCUCAACCUUGGCCAACAGACGACUUUGGGUGCUUCAAGCUCUGGCACCAGAAUCGAUCUCGAGCAUCUUCGCCCUACUACUAAAUUUGAUCACCUUACUGAAGACCUCCAAAGAGAAAUCCUCAACCUCGACACCGCUAUACUGAAUGAAAUCAACAGGUGCAAUGAAGUAUCCAAUCUUCUUCCUGCGAUUGCGGCUACAGGUUCUAAUAUUCCCAAUGACGUCGCUUACGUUGCACAGAAAUUAGAGGAGGUGGAAACCGGUCUAGAAAAUGACGCAGAGGAGAUUCAAGAUCUCAAAGAGAACGUCGUGAAGAAAGACGCGAAUGAAGCCAAGGUCUGCUUCAGAGAAGUUGACCGGCUCAAGAUGCCUGCGCAAUAUCAAGCUUCAGUGACCGGCCCAGCGGCAUCCGUCUCCGGGGUUUAUGGUGGCCAUGGCUUGUCAGGCUGGUGGAAUCAUCCCCAAACCCUGCAACGCAGCAUUCGUGGAGGAAGUGGCACAGGCGGUUCAAGAAGCUUGCAAUUGCCAGGUGACGAGGAUGAAGACGCACCAGCUGGGGUACCAACCAAUAUAGUUGACUUCUUCGAUCGGAAGACUGACGAGAUGAGAAAAGCCCUCGCUGAAAAUAAGUCACUGCUCACCGAGAUCGAGGAAUUCGUGAUGAGUGUGGAGAACAAGAUUGUAGUGAAACAACGUGAGGUGACGGGAAGAGAUGGCAGGGCGUCUGGCCUUCAAGGCGAAGAUGAUCCGGUCAACCUUCUUCGAUACGUCUUUGGUGAGUUUGAGAGAAGCUUGUACGAAGUGGCCGACAAAGUGGGUAGCGCGAGGGAUGGUGUACAGGAGCUAUUUCUAGGCAGAACAGAUGCCAGCGGUCGAACAAGUCACAAGACGGCCUGGUGA